UCAAUAAAGCAAUAAGCGGGGCCGGGCUGGCAGGCAGGGGGGGCGGCGGGGAUCCCUUGCUAGGAAGGUGGGUCGAUGUUGGGGGGUGCGGGGAGGGGGGGGGUGGAGAUCGAUAAGCGUUUGAAACCAAAAUCAUGUCUCCGGCGGCAGAGCCCGGGCCGAGAUGUCAGGUAUUAGCCCGGAGGGGCAGGGCUGCGGCGCCCGGGGCCAGGGGGCAUUAGGCGCGGGCUGGGAGACGGAGCCCGUCGGGCAGCCGCGCUGGGGAGCCCGCCCGGGAGAGCUGCUGGCCGGGGGCUGCCCGGAGCGCGAAAGGUGCUCGUGCUGCUGCUGCUGCUGCUGGCGCAUUUCAGGCAAACUCCAGCCAGAGCGGGGGCAAGUUGAGCCGGAGACAGCAGAGCCACGGCGCCGGGGAGAGGCGCGGGCGGCCGGCAGCACCAUGCCGGCGAUCAAGAAGGAGCGGCUGGACAGGGAGGAGCUGGCCCUGGCUGCCUUCAACCAGCCCAUGGAGACCUUACCUGACUAUCUCGCGCCUUUAGCGGCCGCGGCCAUCCCGGUGGUGACCCCCCACCCCCCGGCUUACGAGCAGCUCUUUGCCCCGCACCCCCGCGCCUACCUGGGCUUCCCCGAGACGCACCCGCCGCACCCCCUGGCCGAGGACCUGAUGCUGGAGCGCUUCUCCUCCAUCCCGGAUUUCCAGCCCUUCUUCGACAACGGGGAGCCGUGCAUCGAGGUGGAGUGCGGGGACAACAAGGCGCUGCUCUACAUCCACAAGUUGUGCCAGGGCAGCAAGGGCCCGUCCAUCCGCUACCGCGGCGAGUGGCUCACUCCCAACGAGUUCCAGUUCGUCAGCGGCCGGGAGACGGCCAAGGACUGGAAGCGCAGCAUCAGGCACAAAGGGAAAAGUUUGAAGACUCUGAUGUCCAAAGGGAUCUUACAGGUACAUCCCCCCAUCUGCGACUGCCCCGGGUGCCGCAUCUCGUCUCCAGUGAACCGGGGUCGUCUGGCUGAGAAGAGGACAAUCCCUCUGCCUCCCAUCAGGAUCCCCAAGAAAGAGCUGACUUCAAUUUUCUCACAUAGUGAUGACAGUGAGGAGAGUGACAAAGCCAAUGGUCAGCACCCUGAAGUGAAGAGGGAGGAGGAUCUCCACAUCAGUAUCAUGAAAAGAAGGAUACACACCCACUGGGAUUUAAACAUCUCCUUCCGAGAGACCUCUUGCAGCCGUGAUAGCGACCUCUCUACCAUCAUCUCCAACCUGCAUCAGAGCCGCCAGCUCGUUAUGCCAGAGACCCAGAGUCGCUGUGAAUUCAAGAGAACCAGCAUCGACGUCGGCUUAGGAGCAGCGGGUGAAAAUACGUGGUGGCAUGACCCUAACCGUGAGCUGGCACACACAAGUAUGUUCCAACGGCCACAACACUUGUGCACCCACGCUGAGGGGCCCAUGUCGAGGAGAACAGAUGAAAUUUUAGGCAAGAGAAGAGUAUGUUCUCCCAACAGCAGCAGUGAGUGUCCUUUAGAAAGCAAGAAAGCCCGAAGCGAGUCCCCGAAGGAAAACUCCCACACGCCUCUGCUUGAGGACUCAGUGACUCAGAUGACCCCAGAAGAGCACUACAGACGGAUGAUGUCAGCUCUGAAUGAACACGGCACGUUUGAAGAGCAGCAGCAGCAGCGUCUCUACCAGCUGGCCAACAGCAUGGCAGUUCCCAGCCAUGGAGAUCUGCUGCGCGCGCGGCAAGAGGCGGCGGCGGCGGCGGCGCGCAACCCCGGCGCCAUGGAGGCGCACAUGCCGGCGGCCGGCGGCUCGUCCAGCCAGCGCAGGAAGCAGGGGCUGCCCCAGCACCGCGACUCCCACUUCCCCGACAGGGAGAUGUCUCACCCGCCACCUCUGCUGUCCCCCCAGAAUGCACCCCACAUUGCGCUGGGGCCUCACUUGAGACCCCCCUUCCUGGGGGUGCCUUCGGCUCUGUGCCAGACACCAGGUUACGGGUUCCUGCAGCCAGCCCAAGCGGAGAUGUUUGCACGGCAGCAGGAGAUGCUGCGGAAGCAGAACCUCGCCAGGCUGGAGAUGUCGGCGGAGAUCAUACGACAGAAGGAGCUGGAGAACCUCCACCGGCAGCGGCUGCUGGCGGGUGACCCAUUGAGCCUGCACCCGGCCCUGCCUCCGGACCACCCGGCCCUACGGAACAUGCACGAGAUCCCCGAGGGGCACCCGCUGCGGGAGGAGCUGUCGCGGCGCAAUGCCAUGCUGGUGCUGCGGCACAACAACACGCCCCUGCUGUCCCUCAACCACGGUGUGCCCAGCAGCGCCACCCCGCCCAAGGAGCACGCCCGCCGGGGCAGCCGCAAGUCGGCCCAUCACCGGGCAGAGCCGCAGGGCCUAAGUGAGGCCAAGGAGCUGGCCGAGCCCCGGGUGCGGGAUGGCGCCCCUGACUGUAAUGACGAGGAGAUGAAAGACUCGGAGAGUGACGCUGAGGUGAGCGAUGAGAAGCCAGAGAGCCUGAAAGCCGAGAGCAGCAGCUCGGCCAGCGAACUCAAGGAAUGCAAAGAGACAGGCAAGGUCUGCGAGGGGGCCAAGGAGCUCAGCGACGUGGCCGCCGGCCAGAAUGCCCCUGGCAGCUCCUCCAGCGCUGAGUCGCCCAGCCACCUGCUCGGCCCCGGCAUCAAUAAAAAUGAGGUGAAAUACCUCCCACCCGCCUCCAUUCCACCGCCCCAGCCGCUGCCCUUCGGAUUCCCGUACACCAUGAGCCCCUAUUUCCAUGCAGGCACCAUGGGAGGUCUGUUUUUGGACGGCGAGGAGAGCCCUGCACUGGAAGACAUCAGCAAAUGGACGGUGGAGGAUGUUUGCAGCUUUGUGGGCAGCUUGUCUGGCUGUGCUGAGUACACUCAGGUAUUCCGAGAACAGGCCAUCGAUGGCGAGACGCUGCCUCUCCUGACCGAAGAGCACUUACUGAACAACAUGGGGCUCAAACUGGGCCCAGCACUGAAGAUCAGGUCACAGGUUGCCAAGAGAGUUGGCAGGGUUCUGUACAUGGCAAGCUUCCCCAUGGCGUUCCCACUGCAGCCCCCAGGCUUACGGCCUCCAGACCGGGACCUGCCUCCUACGGACCUCCGCCCGUCCUCUACUGGAAGCGUGGCCUCCCCAUUCAGCACUGGCCUGCUCCCCGCCAGCCGCAUCUCGCCAAAGCAGGAGAAUGGAAACCCUCCCUUAAUGGCUGGCAUCAACGACACCACAAAACCUCCAUCUUAACUGCAUGGUGGCUCUUGACUCCCUCCAGAACUGAGACACAGCUGGAUGAACUCAAAGGUACCGAGUGCGAGAGACAAGGAACCCCCCACCCCGGCCUCAGUGGUGUGCAGCGGAGGGCCCAGGAAAGAGGGAUGAUAAUAAUGAUUAUUUUUUUGUGGUGCAUUCAUUUUGUUUAAAAGAAGAAAAAGCUCAAAGUUCAAAAGGAAGGAAAAUAAUCCAAAGAUUUACCGAAAGCAGCUCACGGGGAAAACACAAGGGUUUGGAGAGGGACGGAAACCGCUCGCUCCCCUGCCGAGAGCAGACAGCACGUGGCAGGCGGGGAAUUGGAUGCUUCUUUGCCUUCGAGGGAAGGCGGCUUUGGAGGACUCCUGGGCAUGGCUCUGAUCAGGGUGGGGGGCUGCUCGCCGAGGGAGUAUGCUCUGUGCUGGGAGCCGCCAACCCCCCCCUCCCUGCCCCUCUUUUUCCUUUGCAGACAGCUCCCUCCCUGGAGCCUGUCCUCAGUUCCUCAUUCAGGUGUCUAUGCAUCUCUAGCAACUUUUGAACCAAUACCAAAGACAGACAAAAAAAAAAAAAAAAAAAAAAAGACGAGAAAAAAAAGGCAAACCAAGGCAAGUUCUGGUCCAUGUUUACUUCAGUGUGAUGGUACGGCACAGGCGGCUCUCACCCCCCCCUGCACCCCCCAUGGCACGGUGCCCCUGCCACCACCACACAGAGACAAGAGACUCUGGUGGCUUCCCUCCCAUCCCCAGCCCCUUCAGGACAUUUUAUAUAUAUAUAUAUAUAUAUAUAUAUAUAUAUAUAAAAAAAUAACAUUUUGUUUUAAAAAGAAACUGCAAUAGGAGAGCGUGUGCCCAGCAGGGGCGGGGGUUCUCCUGCGCAUCUCCCAGCACUGCCGGGACGUGUACAGCAGACGUGUGUCUCAUUGCCUGUUUGUCUGGGGAAAGGGGGUGCUCUUUUUCUACAAGCCUUGUUACAGAGGCGGGCGUAGUUGCACAUUCUGGGCUGCUAAGCACCAGAAGGCCGGGCCCUGCGCGUGCCCACGGGGGCAGGGAACUCAGGCUGGACAUGGGAAGGGUUUUUACUACUGUGAACGAGACGGUGAUUCCCGGAGGUGCCCUUCUGUGACGUGUACAGUUGUGAGCAACAAUCACAUGUGGUACUUCUUGCUCUCUCUCUCUCUCUCUCUCUCUCUCCUUUUUGUUUAAACGUUGCACGUGCUACCGUUUGGGGUUUUUUUUUUUUCCUUAACAAAUAGCUUGGUGGUACAUUAGCUUCUUUAUAUUGUAAAAAGAAUUGUCAUUAUCCAUCACGUCACGAUAACGGCUUUCCAGCAAUCGAUUUAAAUAAAAAAACCACUUAAUUUA